AUGCUUGAAUACAUUGCGUACCGCAAGUUCAAGAAGAACAGGGACCGCAAGGUCGAGGAGAGGGCCAAGCUCCAAGAAGAAGCAGAAGCAGCCCGGGCACGAUCCAAGUCCCCAACAGCCAGCUCCCUCGGGCCAGGGCCAGGUCCUGUCUUGACGGACGACGAGCAGCUCUUCUUCGAGAGGCUCACAUCUGAGGACGGCUUUUCCGACGAGAAUGGAAAGCGACCACCCCUACCACCUAGGGUGAAGACACCCGACAUAUCGUGGGACAGCGAUAACGACAGCUAUGUCCGAAGCGAAGAUCUCGAGGUCAAGGGAAAGGGCAAGGGCAAAGGCAAGCCCGGCGACGGCAGCAAAGGCGACGGCAAGCAGCCCUCGCGCUUCUCGUUCUUCACGCGCAAGACCGGCAAGAAUGACCUCCAGCCCACCAACCUCGCGGUGCCGCAUGACGAAGAGGAGCGCGAGAAGGACGACAUCAACCGCAUCCUUGACGACCUGAAUCUAUCCGCGCGCAACAACAAGACCUUCUCGCUAUCCAAGGACUCCGCCGAGAUGGUAGGAAAGUUCACGGUCGUCCUGCAGGAUCUGGUCAACGGCGUCCCCACCGCCACAAACGACCUGAAGAAGCUCUUUGACGACCACGACGGCACGCUGGCCAAGAACUACGAGAAGUUGCCAAAGAGCAUGCAGAAGAUGGUCACCACCCUACCGAACAAGGUCACCGGCGCCCUCGCGCCGGAGCUCCUGGCCGUGGCUGCCGAGUCGCAGGGCCUGAAGGGUGAUGAUGCCCCUAAGGGCGGCAUCAAGGACCAGGCCAUGAAGCUCUUGGUGCCCAAGAAUCUCUCCGAGCUGGUCACGAAGCCCAGCGCCGUCGUGGGAAUGCUCAAGGCCAUUAUGAACUUCCUGAAGGUGCGGUGGCCGGCUUUCAUCGGCACAAACGCCAUCUGGAGCAUCGCGCUUUUCCUACUCAUGUUUGUGCUCUGGUACUGCCACAAGCGUGGUCGCGAGGUUCGCCUAGAGCGGGAGAAGUCCGCCAGUGCCGUCGAGGCGGGCAGCCGCAUCGAGGAGCUCUCAGAUGAUGAGUCCGUCGUUGAGUCGCGCAGCGGGCGGGCGUCCCCCAAGCGCAUCGAGAGCGCAGGGGCGAGCUCGAGCUCGCGCAGGAAGUAG